UUUGAUCAAGGUCAAACGAUAUUAAACAAACUGAUAAAAGUUUGCUUGCUGGAAGAAACAAAAGAUUUCGAUGGGGAUGACUGUGUGAAGAUGCAUGAUUUGGUCAGAGACAUGGCAUUAAGGAUCACGCAUGGAAACUACAAACCAGAGAGCAGCAGAGAUGAUGUACCACGAUUCUUGGUGAAAAGCUUAGGACAGGAAGAUUCACAAGCAACAGCACUGGAACAAGAAGAGUGGACACAAGAUCUCCAUGCAGUCUCCUUCCAUUCAUUUUCAUAUCGACAACCAGAAAUAAAAGUUCCACCAGCCUGGUCACCAAAUUGUCCUAAGCUCUCAACCUUGCUUCUUUCUCGGGUUUCCAUAAAAGAAAUCCCAGAUUCAUUCUUUCGGCACAUGUGUGGACUUAAAGUUUUGAAUCUAUCUCAGUGCAAAGGUAUAACAGAGCUGCCUAAUUCUGUUUCAGAGUUGGUGAAUCUCACUGCCUUGAUUUUGGAGCAUUGUAGAGACCUCCGAUCUGUGCCACCACUGGGAAAGCUCAAGCAAUUGAGGGAAUUGGGUCUAUCCGAUACUAAGAUUGAGGAUUUACCUGAAGGUUGGGAGUUAUUGGUCAACCUCGAAAGGCUUAACUUGAACAAGUGUCUGACUUUAAGACGACAGAUAAGAAUACCGAAAGGGACAUUUUCCCAAUUUCACCGUCUUCAACGGCUAUUAUUGCCACCCUAUGGUAUGGUACAAGUUAAUGAUCCAGAAGUGUUGAACCAAUUAGAAAGUUUUAGAGGAUGUUUAUCUUUUACGGACUUCUAUAAAAUUACUCGGUGGCCAAAAUACUAUAAAAAUGUUUAUAUCAAUGACAUCUUAAUUGGGGAUCCGAGUUUUGUUAAUGAAGUGCGAUGGUUCCCGAAGAAACAACUGUAUUUCCAUCAGUGUAAGCUUGGUAGAGGAUCGAACUAUCUGCCAGAUGAUAUGGAGAGGCUGAUAAUCAAGGGUUGUGAGGGCAUGGACAUUAGAUGCUUGUCAGAUGUUUUUAAGAAUUUUAUAAAUUUAAGCCACUUAUCUAUAUUGGAUAUUAAGGAUUCGGUUGGAAUAGAGUUCCUCUGGCAAUUGUCCUCUGCUUCUCCACGUGAUCAGUUGGAAGUCUCAUCUUUUAGUCCACUCCGUGAUCUCAAAGAGCUACGCCUCCACAGGUUGCCAAAUCUGGUUGGUCUUUUUUACGGAGAAUCAGAACCAUCAUAUUUGCUUCCAGCUGGCACCUUUUCUUCCCUUAAAGAAUUGGAGAUUUGCGCAUGCCACGACAUGAAGCAGCUAUUCACAGUGCAGUUGCUACAGAAUCUUCAAAAUCUUGAAAAAUUAGACGUUUCAGAUUGUGAAGGACUGGAGGAGAUAGUAGCAGAUGGCAAUGGAGGAGGAGAAGGCAACCAAUUGACUACAAGUGAAGCCACCGCCACUAUCACCCUUCCAAAAUUAAGGUGGUUAGGACUGUAUUGGCUGCCGCAACUAAAGAACAUUUGCAAGGCAGCCAUGAUCUGCAAUUCAAUCAAUGAGAUUGUAAUAUACUAUUGUCCGAAGGUAAAGAGGCUGCCUUUGUUUCUUCCUACCAUCAACGGACUACCAUCCCUUCCUAGCACUCUUCGUAAAAUCAGGGGAUAUAAAGAAUGGUGGGAAUCAUUAGAGUGGGACAAUCCUAGUGCCAAAAAUGCCCUUUACCCAUUUUUUAUCACACAGUGGUGAGAUAUUUGAAGACCACCUAUUUGAUCAAAAUCCUGACUGGUUCUCAUGUAGCCACAAAAUUGCCGCUGUAAGAGGGGUGAUGUUGCAAAAACAAGUGCUAAUUGAAGCCUUGUCCACCAGCACCAAAUUUCCUUUAUAGAUGAUGUUUUUUCUGUACUUGAUUGUAACUGGAGCGGUGAUACGUUUUUCCUUUAUAGAUGAUGUUUUUUUGUGACUAUUCCUUGAUUAUCGAUAAAACUGUUUGGGGUAAUAUGACAAAAUUUUUUAUCAUAUUGUACUCCAAGAAUGUUUUUCCACUCUAUCAAUUUAAACCAUUCUAUACAUGUGCUUUUUCCA